GGGCUGUUUAAGUGAAGACGGGUAGAGCUAGGAAGUUCCACUGGUUAAUCAGAACUAGAACAAAGGCCUCGACCAGUUCUCCCAACAAGUGAUUGUAACCUCUUCUGAGUUACUGAUUCUGAGAGGUUCUUUUCAGAGGGUUACCCACAUGAACCUCUAUUUUAAUAGAAGAAAUUGAUGCCUAAGUUGACAGGAAGGAGAUGCCACCUAAGACCAAACAAAAAGGGACAAAAGCUGGGGCCCAGAAGAAGAAAAGGAGUGCAGGUGCUGAUGUGGAGGCUGAAUCCAUGCUCAGGAUGGCGCUGCUGGAAAAGGAGGUGCUCCAAGACCGCUUGGCUCUGCAGAGGGAUGAAGCCCGCCGAGCCAAGGCUUCUGAAGACCAGCUGAAGCAGAGGAUCAGAGACCUGGAGGCUGAACUGGAGGGGGCCCGGAGCGAAGGGAAGGCCAUAUAUGCAGAGAUGAGUCGUCAGUGCCGGAGCCUGCAGGCGGCAAUGCAGAGUCGCAGCAGGCAGCUGGAGGAAGAAGUGAAGGGCCUGCGCGAGCAGUUAGAAUUGUACCAGAGGGAGGCUGAGACUGCACAGAGGGAGGCCAAGCAGGCCCUCGGAGAGCGGGACCGGACUCUGGCUCAGCUUCAGGCCCACGUGGCAGACAUGGAGGCCAAGUAUGAGGAAGUCUUACAUGACAGCCUGGACCGGCUCCUGGCUAAGCUGAGAGCUGUGAAGCCUCAGUGGGACGGGGCUGUGCUGAGACUCCACGCCAGGCUCAAGGAGCAGCUCCGCCAGUUUGGACUCAACCCCCUGAAUCUUUGAGGCUGUGAGUCUCUAGUCUCUGGGGCCCUCUGAGACCCCAGCAAUAAAGCUGUCUUGAUGUAGACCUCAGCAGGACUGUGAGCUGUGUUUUUUUGGCAGAGAGGAGUACCUCUCAUGGGAAUAUCUCAGCUGUGGACUGACCCAUUACCCUGAAGAUGGAAUAAUAAGAGAGAAACUUGAUUAGGUCUCAACUUCUCUCCUAGAGAGUCUGGGUCCCACCCCUUGAGCCUGAAACCCUUUUGGUCACCCUAUCCCCAUCAGCACCAACAAAGGCAGCCAGAUUUGUGGAUAAAGGCCUUUUCUAUAAAGGACCAACCGUGACUAGGCACCAGCCCCCACAAUCCUCGGGUGCCCCCAGAGGGAAGGUGCAGCUAGUCUCCAGAUUCUUGUAAUAUACCCAACAUCCCGUAGUCAUGCUUAGGGCAAGUUCC